UUAUGGUUGUAUGCCAUAAAUGCUUUGUCUGUGUUAGCACCAAAAAUGCCACAACAAUUUUUAGAUCAUAAUGGUAGCAUUAGGUUGUAUAUGGUAUUGGAAUGGUGUUUAAGUACAAAAUUUAAUAUAAAAAUUGUGAUGGCAUGCAUAAGAACAAUUUGCACCAUUGUUCUAACAGAUAAUACACACAUACUAGAAUAUUUUCGACACCAUGGGAUUAUAUUGUUAUUAAUUAAACUUAUUAAUUGUAUUUUGAAAUUUGAGAAGAUCACAAUGAAAGAUCAAAGAACUUUAACAUUAGCAUUAAUAAUACUUGAAAGACUAAUGAGAAAACAAAUGUUUUAUCAGGAGAUAUAUGGAGAAUAUAGUGUCACAUUCGUCAUGGAACUGUUAUUUCGAUGUUUAUAUCAGAAAGGUCAAGAAUUUCAAAUAGAUCAACGUCUUUUAUUAGCAAUAGGUUCCUACAUUUGGGAAUGCAUAAUAUGGUGCCCUAAAAACCUUGAAAAAUUCAUUGAAUAUGGAGCAGUAUACAUUCUUCUAGAUAUUAUUGAAAUUGUACCAUAUUGUUCUCAAUGUCUAUUCCUUGCUAUUUUUACUGAUAUGUGUGAUAACUUUUUCUGUGGCCCAUUUUUAUCUACAUGGAGGGGAAUUGAUAAGAGAACAGGACUAAUGUCCUUGCUAGCAAAAGUAUGGAGAGAAGAAGAAAUACGGCUUAAAGUUAAAAGAAAUACAGAUGGCACAAUUAAAGAUGUAAAAUUGCCUCAAAUGGGUCAUAAGCAGUGGCUGGAUACUUAUGAUACAAAACUAAGUAGAGAUAUUAGUCCAGCAAUAAAUGAUAUGAUUGGUUCAAUCAGAUCAAAAAUAUAUAGCAUUUGUAAGAUAAUUGAAAAAGAUAACGAAAGGUAUGAAAUAGCAAAGGAGCGCUAUAAAAUAUUAUAUGCUAAUCUUUCAAUGGAAGAUAGAAUUACAAUAUCUAGCAUGGAAUUGUAUUUCGUAUUAAAAUUAGGUCAGGUCUGGAUAGAAAUUGCAAAAUAUUUUGAACAUGUUGGUAUCACUCCACUUGGCAUGGAUGGUCAAGCACUUUUUUUAAUGGCUCAACGAUAUUAUUUAGUGGGUUCACUGUCGAAAGAGAGACAAACUAAAAUAAUACAAUCUAUCAAAAAAGAGGAAGAAAUUGAAGAGAAGGACGAGUAUGCGAGAAUUCGCGAUUCUAAACUGAUUAUAGCAUUAGAUGCAUUUGACGAGUUAGAUUACAUAUGUAGAACAACAGACAGAUCGUACAUGUUGAAGAAAAAAAAUGAACAAAUACAACAAGUUAAUCUAGUUUUAAAAUUUCCACAUAAUUCAGAUGAAGCACAUUGUCACAGAACAUUCAGAGAUAAAAUAAUGGUUACGGCUAUAUUUAAUCAACACCAAACAAUAAGCACUGGUUUGAAGUCAGAUUCACAUUUAAGCCAAAUGAAAAUGCCUCCUCUUGUUUCUCCCUGUGAUUCCCAUAUUCCUGACAUAACACAUUAUUCCGAAGUACCCUCACCAUCUUUAUCAAGUACCUGUUUUGCUGAUUUAGAAAUUUUAGAAAAUUAG